CUCAUAAUGUCACACGGGGCUUAUCCUGUCCCCACUGUUGUGUGGUGUUACAGCGGCUGUUAAACAGCUGCUGCAUCCCACCCCAGAGGUGGCUACAUAUCAGUUGUCAGGGAAGUGCUGCCUAUGGAGCCCUUUGGGAUACUCCCGGAUGGCAACAUGGGAUAUUAACUUGGGACUUGGCUUCUUGGGACUAUUCCCAGCUCUGCCACCGACUCGCUGAGUGACCUUGGUCGAGACACAUUCCAGCUCUGUGCCUUAGUUUCCCCACUACUGACAUGCGCCUGAUGAAUCCCACGGUUCACUGUAUGUAGGGCAGGGUGCGUUUCCCUGCUGACUGACCAGCUCCUCGCCCUUCCCUUGACAGUCCUCGUCGGUGUGGGCAGACACCCACCUCCCAGGAGCAGCCAUGCUUCGAGGUGCUUUCGUGCUCUGGAACCUCUGCUUCUUCGAUGUGGAGAGGAGCCUGGCACGCAGGCUGCAGCAGAACACACAUUACCCCUUCCAGGUGCAGCAGCCCAAUGUGUUCGUCAUGGAGUAUUACAAGGACACACUAUGGAAGGGGACACUGAUCUUCCUAAUCUGUGUCCUGGGUGGUGUCUUCUACUUCAAGAGUGAGAAGGUCUUCCAGGAUUACUCCGGCUUCUUCGUCUACGGGACCCUGGUCGGCUUCUGGCUCCUCCUUAGCUCCAUGCACAAGCGGCACCUGGUCAUCAACCACGUCCAGGGCUGCUACCAGAUCUACAUCAAGAGGCGGCUGUGGGAGGAGGGGCCCCUGCACCAGAUCUACGUCCGGCUGACGGCCCAGACGGACGGUACGGCCCCUGCCCGGGGAGAGAGCCCCCCCUUCCCCCACAGGACUCUCGCCCCUCACUGGCUGCCUCUGGCCUGUCCUGCAGCCUACGGGAAAUGUUUCUACAGUCUCAUCAUCAAUGGCCACGGGCUGGAGGUGCUGGUCCUGGCCAACCUGUCGGACAAGUACGAGCACAUGGAGUUCUUGGGCAGGCGGAUUGCACGCAAGCUGAAACUCAACUACUUCGACUACCUGGAUGUGUCCACGCGCCAUGUGAUCCGCCACCGGCCCCCACUGGAGCAGGAAGAGGAGCUGCAGGUGUGGGGAGGGGCAGUGCCCCAGUAAAG